GUCCGACUGGGUUCUCGCGAGAAGACAUCAGCUGGAGCUAGGAAGCUAACAUCUUGUUAGCACUGUUGUGUUCUGACUCUUUCAUGGAGAAGAAGACUUUGUAAGCCGAUUUAAGGGUGGAUCUGAAGAUGUAGCCAACAGUGGAUCCUCUGCAGAAGAAAACCACCCCUGACGUCCUCAGUGAUCCCUCCUCUUCAGUCUAGUCCCGGAGGACUUCAAACCCUGACCAGGGUCAUCCUCAGCCUGUCCAGGCCCCUCCUGUUCAGUCCAGUCCUGGAGGGCUCCCCACCCUAACCAGGACUUUCCACGGUCCUCGUCCCUCAGUCCAGACCCCUCCUGCCCCGACUAUGCUGUUCUCCCUGAGGGAGCUGGUCCAGUGGCUGGGCUUUGCCACCUUUGAACUCUUCCUCCACCUGUUGGCGCUGCUGAUCUUCAGUAUGCUGGUAGCCCUGAGAGCCGACAUGUUCACCCCCUCGCUGAGCUGGUGGCUCGUAUUUGUCCCGCUGUUCGCCGCCGACGGCCUCAGCACCUACUUCACAGCCAUCGUGUCCAUCCGGCUGUACCAGGAGAACGAGAAGCGGCUGGCGGUGCUGCGGCUCCUCUGGGUGCUGACGGUGCUCAGCCUGAAGCUGGUGUGCGAGGUGCUGCUGUGCCAGAAGCUGGCCGAGCAGGAGCAGGCCAGAGACCUGUGGUUCGGCCUCAUCGUCUCACCGCUCUUCAUCCUGCUUCAGCUGCUGAUGAUCCGGGCAUGCCGAGUUAACUGAAGAACAGCGCAUCAAUCGUGCAAUCACUGACGACGCGGAACCAGAGAGCAGUUUUCAUCUGCCGUUAGAGAUUUAAAGUGUAACAGUGGCGUCACCUUUCUUCCGGCUAACAGCCCCCUUCUUACAGAAGACACCAGAGAUUUUCACACUCCACAUCACACAAGGAUCUAGAUUUCUAGAAAUGGUUUAUAACAGCUUUAAAACCAACACAAGAAACAUGUUGUGAUACAGUAUCUGAAAAUAGAUGCAGACAAUCCACUGUGUUCACUUUCCAUGAAGUUAUUAUCUCCAUUUAUUUAGAUCUGUUUUAUUCAGGACAGCCUAAUGACUCAAAAUUGUCAAAAUCCUUUGAAGAUGAUGAAAGUGUGUGAUUGAAACACAGCAGUGCCUCGACAAUGUGCAAUCAUUGGUAAACAACAGACCACGAGGAAUACCUAAACCAGAGUUAAGUUUUAAUACACGUUGAUCCAGUGGGCUGGUGAAAUCUGUAAGCAGUGAUGUUUGUGGUAACACUCCAGAGAUUCCAGGGUGUUUGUGCAGCUUUGUUGCCCCCCCACCUCGAGGAAGAUGCUGCUUUCCAGCAUAAAUGGAAUUUCAUUCAUCACACUGCGUCUGACUUCUGCUCGUCAUUGUUCCCCCUCAUCACAUCCUAACUCGUCAGUGAGAAUGUUUCGGACUGACUCGCCUCGCGGUCUGUUGAAGGAACUGAAUGUGAUUCCAGCAGCGGCUUAUGUGCACACAACUUCCAUUUCAAAUAGCUGUUUAUUUUCACUGUUUCUGUACCGCAUGUAAUUUAAAGCCUCGUUUUAAAGGUCAAUUCCUGAUGUGAAUCCUGUGUAUUAUGUAUAUGUUUGGUUAUUUUUUUCAAACAAAAAUCGUUAUAUCUUAUUUAUCUUGCGUUUUUGCUAUGGAACCUUUAUUGUCAUCUGUACAUACAUGUAAAUAAACCAUCCAACGUCCUUAAUAAUCAGUGCGAGUUUGUGGUUGGAGGAGCUGCUGUACACUUUCUGGCCACCAGGAGGUGCUGCUGUAUUUAUAUGUGGGUGUGGUGGUGAGCCAGCCUGCAGGCCCAUCUUUUAUUUAUAAAUCUCCACCUCUUCACAGUUUAUAAAUGACAAUUUAAAAUAAAAAUCCUGAGGGCAGUGAUUGUGUAGAGGUUCGAAGACCACUGCUCUCAGCAUUUCUAGUUUUGCUUGACUCUGGAUCAAAUAGGUUGUUUCCCCAUUUUUAAAAGAUAGUAAAUAAAUGUAACUUCAAUUAAGAAAUGUUUGUAUGCUGUCAUUGUAAGCUAAUACAUAACCUUAAUUAGAGUGUAGACUUGAACAGCUGUUUCACACUAUUGCUUUAACCAACUUAAAGUUUCAGGAAGUUGAUCCUGACAGACAGGAGGGUACGCCCCGGACCGAUCACCGCUCCAUCACAGAACAGGAACAGAAACAGCGGCACACAUUCACAUUCACAACUCUUUUAGGACUGCUGGGAAAACUGAAGAAAACACACAUAAAUAUAGAGAAGAUCAAACUACACAGCGAUUGUGUGAUUAUCUCCAGCACCCUGUGACCUGACCGUUCACAAA